AUGGCCAAACCGUUCUUCAGACUCCAGAAGCUUCUUCGGCGCACACAGUUCCUCCUCUUUGUGGUCACAGCUGCCUAUCUGAUGGCUGGAAGCCUCCUGCUUCUCCAGCGGUCUCACCUGGCCAUGAUGCCCCAGGGGCCACGGCCAGCCCCUAACCCGCUACAGGCUCUGCCCGUGGCUGCCGUGGCCCUGGGUGUCGGCCUCCUGGAUGGCAACUCCAGCCCCCGAGAAGGCCACAAGCUCCUCCUGGGCGUGGACAUGCUUCGACGGCCACCCAGGGCUGAGCCAAGACUCGGGCCCCGCUGGCUUAUGGCCCGCAACUCAGAGCUCCGGCAGCUGAGAAGGCACAGAUUUCGUCAUUUUGUGAGUGACCAGGAAGGACCACAGGGCCCAGGGCCCCAGUCGGGGGACCCCAAGGUCCUGAAAGAGGCCUCUGAGAGCCAAGGCUCCUACAUGGGCUGCUUCAUUGACAGUGCCCAGGACAGGACUCUGAAGGGAGCUGUGUUUUAUGACCUGAGGAAGAUGACAGUGGCGAACUGCCAGGAAGCCUGUGCUGAGCGGUCCUACACCUAUGCCGGCCUCCAGUAUGGUGCUGAGUGUUACUGCGGGAACAGGCUGCCCAAGCGGAGCUCCAAGGCAGAGGAGUGCAACCGGGAAUGUCGGGGGGAGAAGGGUUCUGUCUGCGGGGGCCUCAACCGGCUCUCUGUCUACCAUGUCGGGGGGCUUUCACUCAGCUCCUCCAAACGAAGGACUGUCACCUACCGGGGAUGUUUCCGAGUACCCAGGAACCUCACUGAUGCUCUGGCCAACUCCUUAACUCAGCCCAACCUGACUGUGGAGAUGUGCUCACAGCUCUGCUCCAGGAAAGAGUUCCCACUGGCGGUCAUCAGAGGCCCUGAGUGCUUUUGUGGCUAUCCCACCCCGAAGUUCAGCCUGCAUGAUGCGGUGGACAGCUCCCUCUGUACCUGGGGCCCCGAGACCCCAGGCUGGGGGGAUUACUGUGUGGUCUACCAGACACCCAUCCAAGACACACGGUGCACUGACAGACGCUUCUUGCCCACCAAAGCGAAGGUCUUUGUGGCGCUGUCCAGCUUCCCAGGUGCUGGCAACACGUGGGCCCGCCACCUUAUCGAGCACGCCACUGGCUUCUACACGGGCAGCUAUUACUUUGAUGGUGCACUCUAUAAUAAAGGGUUUAAGGGGGAGAAAGACCAUUGGAGGAGCAGAAGGACCAUCUGUGUGAAAACCCAUGAAAGUGGAAAGAGAGAGAUCGAGAUGUUCGAUGCCGCCAUCCUACUCAUACGGAACCCGUACAGGUCGCUCAUGGCAGAAUUCAACCGGAAGUGUGCUGGGCACUUGGGAUAUGCCACAGAUAGGAACUGGAAGAGUCAAGAGUGGCCUGACUUUGUCAAUAGCUAUGCCUCCUGGUGGUCAUCCCAUGUCCUGGACUGGCUCAAGUAUGGCAAACGGCUCUUGGUCAUCCACUAUGAGGACCUGCGCCGGAGCCUCCUCCCCAAGCUGAGGGAGAUGGUGACUUUCCUGAAUGUGUCAGUAACAGAGGAGAGACUUCUGUGUGUAGAGGGCAACAGGGAAGGGAGCUUUCGGAGGCUUGGUGGGCAGCCCAGAGAGCCCGAGCAAGCCUUCACCGCCGAGAUGAAGGCACUCAUCGAUGGCUACAUCCGGACCGUGGACCAGGCCCUGAGGGAGAGGAACUGGACUGGCCUGCCCAGCGAGUACGUGCCCAGAUGAUGGGGCCCUGGCAUGCGGCCCCGGGACUGUCCUGAUCCCAUUGGUCUGAUACUUAAUGUGCAGAAACACACAGGACCACACUCGUACCCACUCACACCCACGCAUAUGCUUACACACUCACACACA